UCAUCUGUCUUCUCUUUCCAACGAUUCCUUCAUUUCUGUCUGUCUCAAUUUGUCCUUUUAUCGAUUUGGAAUUUGAAAUAAAAUUUAGGCGUUUUUCUAAUAUGAAGUUAUAGUUAAUAAGUGUUGUGUUUAAUGUGAAAAUUAAUAGUAAAAAUGAAUUUUUUGAGUGCACACUGUUUUAUUAUUUUAGCAGUUCUCAGCGCGGUUACAUCGUCCAGAGUGCUAGAACUAAGCGACAAAUUUAUUGAUAUAAGCAAUGAGGGUAUGUGGUUCGUCAAGUUCUACGCGCCAUGGUGCGCUCACUGUCGCAGGAUAGAACCGAUAUGGGCACAUGUCGCCCAGUCGCUCUACAACACUCCAAUUAAAGUAGCAAAAGUUGAUUGUACUAGAUUUAUGGCUGUCGCAACACAGUUCAAAGUCAGGGCAUACCCAACAAUCAUGUUUAUCAAAGGUCCCUAUCGCCAUGAGUAUAUUGGUGAGCGUGUGAAAGAAGAUAUGGUUAAUUAUGCACUACGGAUGUCUCAACCAGCCGUUCAGAGGUUGUCCCAGGCUGAUAGUCUCGGCUAUUUGAAAGAGACUCAUCCAGUUUUCUUUGGAUAUGUAGGAAAACAACAAGGACCGCUUUGGGAAAUAUUCACAAUACAUGCAGAAAAGUAUCAACCACAUACAUGGUUCUAUGCAAUGUCACAUGAACUCUUGAAAAAUGAUGUAAAGAUACCAAAUGAAACGGCUGUGUUUGUUUACAAAGAUGAUGAGGCAUAUUUCUUUGAUGCAAAUCCAUCAUUAAUUGAAGAUAAAGAAGCCUUAAAUGUAACCUUGGAUAAAUGGAUUAACUCUGAGAGGUUUGGCCUCUUCCCAAAGGUCACUAGAUCAAAUAUAAAUGAACUAAUGGAUAUAGAAAAAUAUAUAGUUAUUGCUAUUGUCUCUGAAAAUAAGUUAAAUGAAAUAACACAAACUGAAAGAGACUUUAAAGAUAUGGUAGAAAGCAUUAUCAAGAAGAGGAAACGAGAGCUUCAUCAUAGAUUCCAAUUUGGUUGGAUGGGUAAUCCAGAGUUAGCUAACUCAAUAGCUAUGUCUGAACUGACAAUACCUCACCUGAUAGUACUCAACUCGACCACAGGCCAUCACCAUAUUCCUGAAGAUGAUCCUGUUCUCAUGACACCUGAAGCUGUUUCAAUGUUCCUAGAUCAAAUUCAUAAUCAAGUAGCACCGACAUACGGCGGCAACAGUUGGCUUGUACGUUGCUACAGGGGCUUUUUUGAAGCUAGAACCACAUUAACGAAUAUGUGGCGAGGAAAUCCAGUAUUAACGGCACUCGUGUUUGGGCUACCCUUAGGAUUUUUAUCGCUUAUUUGUUACUCUGUAUGCUGCGCUGAUAUACUUGAUGCAGAAGAAGAAGAUACUCCAGAAACACACGAGAAAAAAGAUUAAUGAAGCAUAAUGAAAAAAAUGGGAAAAGGUUUUAUUACUUUUACAUUAAUUGUGUCAUGAAGAAAUGAAAAUGUUUUUAUUGAUUAGUCAAUUUUACUUUGGUACCAGUGAUUGUCAGUAUGUCGUAGGUUAGGUGAGAGAGGUGUGUUUAUUUUACCAGCUGUUAUAACAACCUGAAAGGGGCACAGAGAUAUAUAUAUUUUUAAAUGUUGCCUCACAUUAAGAUUUUCUCCUGUGUCCUGGGUGCGUUUACAAACAUACAAAUUCAGAUACAGCCAAACCCGAAACUACAAUUUGUGGAUCACACAAAGAACUGCUCCGUGUGGGAAUCGAACCCACUACACGUCGUGCGACAGCCGGUUGCCUGGCCACUGCGUCAACCGUGUAGUAAAUCUAACGUAUAAAAAUGUACUAUAUAUCUCAUCUGAUUAGCUUCAAAACAGCUAAACACAUGAUAAGUUCCUUUACUAUUGAAAAGCUUACUUUUCAAGAAGUAACGUGACUACUUUUUACCUCUAUAUUCCCAUAAGAUCUCUCUUUUGUAAUUUAUUAACAAGAAGCAAUCCAUUAUGUAUACCCCCCUUUUAGAACUAAUGAUACAUAUACGGUCGUGGUGCUACAUCAAUCACAGAUAUGUCUCUCUCAUCCCUUUCUAUCAGCAUAAUACAGAUAGGUAUCUAAGUGUAACGUUAGUCACAAUUUUAACUAGCACCAAGACACGCCUUUUUGCGUGAGUCUGUGACCCAAUGACCCAAAGUAUCUAAUUUAAGUGUCUUGUUACGAAUCUUGUUAAUAAGCGAUUUUUUGUUGAAGUUUAUUUGUAUUAAAAUAAUACUAACUUACUGAAAUUUGUUACCGACAGGUAUGUACCUACCAACUCAAAUACUGUCUGACUGUUAUUGUCAUUUUUUCUGUAAGAUUUAAGUAGUUAGGCAAUUCCUAAAAAUCAUGCUAAUCAUUCUAUCUUUUUAAAAUCAUGUACUUUUUUACUAUGCAUGAUUUUCCUUAAUGCACGCUACUUUUAACUGUACAAAUCAAUUGUUAGGUGUACAGUUAAAACUGCACAGUUAAAUAGUAAGGUGUGUAGCGUGCAUAAAGUUCAAUUACGGAGUUCAAUAUACUGUAGUCAUAACUGAUAGUAUACUUACUGUAAAAUAAAAUAUGAGAUAAACCUGUGUACCAACAAUUUUUAAGUACACCAAACCAAGUCAUGCAGCAAUAAAUUCAUAGAAGAAAUCUAUGAAUGUGCCAGGUGCACACUGAGAGCUUGAAAAGUAUUUCUUAAAUACAAUAUUAUUAUUUAUUAAAUAAAUACCAUACAAUAAAAAGUAUGUAACUAUUGUACUUGUUUAUGUUGUGUGUAUUUACUGUACUUGUUCACAUUGACAAUUGAUACCUCAGUUAAUUAAACGGAAUUUGAAAUAAAAUAAUGGAAAAACUUAAAAA